CGCUCUCGGACGAUCCACGCGUUUGCCUCCGGUCCACCCAGUAAUCGACCUCCUUUCUUUUUUACUUCUUCGUUAUGUCUCCCAAAAAUCCUACAAACGGACAUACUUCCAAUUUUAAAGAAAUCCGUCAUAUUGAUACUGAAUAUGGUAUCAAAGUAACAAAGUUUAAGAGCGUUAAAACCGGCUUGACCAUUGUACAUGCCGACAUUGAUGCACCGUUGGUGAGCGGCUAUUUUGCGUUAGCUACCGAAGCCCUGGAUGACUAUGGCUGCCCCCAUACUCUCGAACAUCUUGUUUUCCUUGGGAGUGAAAAAUAUCCAUACAAGGGUGUUCUGGACUCUCUUGCUAACAGGGCUUUGGCGCAAGGUACUAACGCCUGGACCGAUGUUGAUCACACCUGUUACACCAUAACAACUGCCGGAAGUGAAGGUUUCUUGAAUUUAUUGCCAGUUUACAUCGACCAUAUUUUGUAUCCGACUUUAACUGCCAGCGGCUGUUAUACCGAAGUCCAUCAUAUCAAUGGAAAAGGCGAAGAUGCAGGUUAUUGUGUUGUUUACAGUGAGAUGCAGGGACGUCAAAACUCCAGUGAAGAUCGAAUGCAGCUUCGUAUGCAGCGACAUUUGUUUCCUCAGGGAUGUGGCUAUCGUUCAGAAACUGGUGGCUUGAUGAAAGAACUUAGGGAUAUCACUGUUGACCAAAUUAGAGACUACCAUAAAUCUUAUUACCGUCCGGACAAUUUGUGUCUGAUUAUUACCGGCAAGGUUGACCAUGCCAAGUUAUUGAAGGUACUAGAACCUGUUGAAGCGAACAUCUUGAGCAAGCCUACUCCUCCCGCAAUGAAGAGACCAUGGGUUGAAUCUGGACCUGUUCCCAAACUUGCUAAAACUGUUGAGGAAACAGUUCUCUUUCCUGAUGAAGAUGAAUCCAUGGGUGAAAUCAUGAUUUCUUGGAAUGGUCCUGACUGUCAUGAAUUCUUGGAACUCAAAGCGGUAGAUGUUCUGAACACUUAUCUGACAGAUUCUCCCGUUUCUGUCCUUCAAAAGGAAUUUGUUGAGAUUGAGGAGCCUCUAUGCACAGACAUCGACUUCCAUAUUGUUGAUCAGAUUCGAGCCGUCCUAAGCUGCAAUAUUGCAAAUGUUCCUGAAGAAGAGUUGGAAGAAUUUGUUCCCCUGUUUUUUGAGACUUUGAACCGUGUCAUAGAAGAAGAAGGCAUUGAUAUGAACAGAAUGAAGACUGUCAUACUUAGAGAUAAACUCAAGUUGUUGAACAAUAUUGAGACCAACUCUCAUUUCUCUGCCGCUAUCACCUGCAUUGGCGAUUUCCUUUACGGAAAAGAAGAUGGUUCGGAUCUGGAAGCUGCUUGCCAAGAUCUCAAGUAUUUGAAUCAGUUAUUGGAAUAUACUAACGAAGAUUGGAUUCGCUUGCUCGAGAAAUGGUAUGUCAAGAACCCUCACAUUGCUCUCCUGGGAAAGCCAUCAGCCGAGUUCGCCGACCAACUACUCAAAGAGGAGUCCGAGCGUAUCAGCCAGCAGCGUACCCGCCUUGGUGAUAAAAAACUGGCUGAAUUGGAAGAAAAGCUUGAAGAAUGCAAGAAAGAAAAUGAAGUUCCUGUUCCACCUGAAGUUGUCAACGACGUUCCGAUUCCUUCUGUGUCGUCUAUUGAUUUCAUUGAAGUCCAGACUGCAAGGACACCCGAUGAUGGGCUGUUCACCAACGACGUCCAGGAUCACGUUAACAAUGAUGCCGAUGUCAAGUUGCCUUUUGCUAUUCAAUUUGACCACAUCAAUUCGAGUUUCAUCAAGCUUUCUGUCUACAUAAGCACAGCCAAUGUUGCUUCUCACCUUCGGCCCUUGACCACCUUGUUCCUAGAUGCUCUAUUUACACUGCCUAUUGAAACCAAAGACGGUCUGAUUCCGUAUGAGGAAGUGGUUAAGAGACUUAGUGAAGACACUGUCGACUAUUAUGCAUCGCUUGGUACAUCUGUUGGUUUCAGAGAAGUUGCUAUGCUUGGAAUCAAAGUCGAAGCUGCAAAAUAUGAAAAAGCGGUUCAAUGGAUAAAGGAUGCACUGUGGAAUACAAAAUUCACUCCUGAGAGACUGAAGAUCACUGCAAGCAAAAUCCUUAAUGACAUCCCACAAGCCAAGAGAGACGGACGCGGAAUGGCGAACUCUGCUAUGAGAGAACUGCAGUUUCAAAGGGAACAGUCUACUAAUGCAUCAAGUAAUGUAUUAUAUCAAGCAAAGUACCUUCCAGAUCUUUUGCAGCGCUUGGAAAAAGAUCCACAAAGUGUGCUGGAUGACUGUGAACGGUUCCGUCAGGCGUUGAUCGAUUCUCCUGCCUUCACUGUGCAUAUAAUCGGUAAUAUUCUGAAGUUACCUCAUCCCAGAUCGGUCUUUUCGGUUUUCGAAGAAUCUGGAUCAGUUGGCAGACCUGCUACAGUGCAACAUUACCCAUGGGCAAGAGAGGUACUUAACCAAAAGGGUAAGGCUCCAGGUGAUAUUGGUGUAGUGGUAAGCCUUCCUUCCAUCGAGAGUUCCUUCUCCUUGCAUAGUGCUCCUGGACCUGUAUCAUUUGAUUCAGAAGAUAUUGCGCCUUUGUUGGUCUUGAACGAGGUCUUAGAAACCAUGGAAGGAAUUUUCUGGAAACUCAUCCGAGGACAAGGCUUAGCUUAUUCCUGCAGUUUGAGAGCUGAUGUGGAGGCACACCUCGUGUAUUUCAGCAUAUAUCGAUCACCCAACGCCUACAAGGCUUUCCUUCAAGCACGUAACGUUAUAUAUCAGCUCAAGGAAAAGGAGUUGGAGAUUGAGGACUCUGCCAUUGACGGAGCAAAAAGUGGUGUCAUAUUCAGUAUCGUCAAUAGGGAAGAUACUAUCAGCCAUGCUGCCGGCCAGUCGUUUACCAAUCAAAUUUUGAAGCAAGUCAAGGCAACCUAUAAUCGUGAUCUGCUGACACGAGUACAAGCCACGACGAAAGAUGAUUUGUAUCGUGUGCUCAACAAGUACUUGGUUGCUCUAUUCGAGCCUGACAGGUCGAACGUAGUCGUAGUCUCCACUCCUGGCAAAGUCAGUGAUAUUGCGGAUGGUUUUAAGUCAAUUGGUUUCAACGUGACUACAACUUCCUUGGACGAUUUAAUAGUUUAACGCUUUCUUUUCUUUUAAUUUACAUUCAUAACUUUAGAAGUUUGCAACGUAUUUCACGUAUAGUUCAUAUGGUACAAGUAAAGACACUUAUUUUUCCCCAUAAACUUUGCAAUUUUC